AUGACCCCCAACGUGGCAAGAUUGCUUAUCAAAUAUGGGAUCGAUAAAGUUAUAGGAGACGAUUUGGUCCAAUUCUCGGAGCUGAAUCUGCGGCGAAAGGACGGCAGCAAGGUCGGGCAUACUGGCAUCAAGGACGUGGAAGAAGUCACUGGCUUUCCAUGGUGGCUCGUCCACAGACACCAUCUGCAUAACGGCUUGGUCGUGGUAGCCAGGAAGGAGAAAGUUAACUUGAUCACGGACAGCAGGGUAGCCAAGCUAGAGAGCAAGCAAGAUGGUAGAGUGGAAGUUGUGACAGAAAAGGGAACUCGUCACAUGUUCGGUCUUUUGAUUGAGUCAGAUGGUGUGCAGUCAAUCGUACGCAAGACUCUCUUCCCAGAUGUGAAACCGCGACCGCCGACUACCAAUUCCGCCUACCGGGCGAUGGUGCCCUACGAAGAAGUUCGAAAAGAUCCCCUGACUCGCGAGCUGGUAGAGGAUGAUAGUGGCAGGCUGAAAAAGACCAUGGAAGUGUGGAUGGCACCAUUGGGAUACAUCAUUUCAUAUCCAAUCUCGAAUGCGAAGGACUUCAACAUGGUUCUAAGCCACUUCCACGAUCCGCCCGUAGAUAAAGUCUGUGAGGUCAGCAUUGAUGAGGUUAAGGAGCAAUACAAAGAGUACGAUCCUCGAAUCAAGAGGAUGGUCGAAAAGAUUUGCCCUCCCAUCUCACGCUGGCCAUUGCUGCUCACUGGGCCAUUACCUUCAUGGUCGAACGCCGAGAAGAAUAUCGUCUUGAUCGGCGAUGCAGCACAUUCCAUGUAA